AAGGAUUCAUCAGAUAGAGCUAUAAAUAUUCAAGCAAAUAAGAGCUUUGUACUCAGUUCAAUAUCGUAUAUAGCACUUUCUCCUUCCUCUCUCAUUAGUUACAAGUUCUCGCUCCAUCUUCUCCUUUGUCAUCAUUCAGCAAACAUGGCUUCUUACGCGCAGGCUAAUCCUCAAGCUUACUCUGCACCGCCAACCUCUUUCCCUCCACAAGGACAGUUGCCCUAUUCCGCACCUCCUCCAGUAGGGUACCCUACAAAUGACACUGCUGCUUACCCUCAGCAGGUUCCAACCAAGACCAAGAGUCGCGGCGAUGAUGAUGAUGGUUUCUGGAAAGGAUGUUGUGCGGCACUGUGUUGCUGCUGUGUGUUGGAGACCUGUUUCUAAGAGUGAAGCAAACCAGUGAAAUUGUUUGAAUUAUGAUUGAGAACUAUAUGUUAGUUCACUUCUGAUGUAUUUUAAGUUAUCAUUUUAUAUCCCUUUGAUUUAUAUCUCUGUUUUCAUUCAUGAAAAUAUUAAGUUCUAUCCUUUCCCUCCUUUAAGAGGUUAUUGUUUAUGUUACUAUAAGACCGGCUUAAUAUGAUCAUUUAAAUCAGUCUCAUCUUAUGUGAACUUUAAGAUUGAAGAGAAUGUGAUUAAUGGAAAAUUAUGAUGAGUGGCAAUAAGAAUUGUAGAGCUUUGUGUAA